CUUGAGAUUCCCCCCGCGCUCCGGCGUCCGUACAUCGAUACAAAUCUCUUAAUCUCCAGAAUGGAUUCUCACCUCAUUCACCGUCUUGCCCCAUUCUUCCGGCUAAUAACUCUCCACGUCAAGACGACUGCCAGCACAGGGAGAGGAGUCAGAGAAGUUCUUUGCACAGCAAAGAGCAAGAGCAGCCUAUCUGCUCUGAGGGAGAGGAGCCUGUCCCGCUUCGCUUCGCCGUACUACCUGCGACUUACCGCACGCUAUCUUCCGCCUACGGAUCCUCGUUAUUGAGAAUUCUCAAGAUUGACUCGAAUCGCUGUGACGAUGGCGGCUCGUCUGCAGCUGUCCCUCCCUCUCCCCUUCGGCUCCCUCCCUUUCCUCUCCCUCCUCCUCCUUCUCGUGCUUUCCGCUGCUUCCGCGGUUAACGGAGUGGAGUACGAGUCCAGCUUUUGUGACCGCUACGUGCGCUACCUCGGGCUUACCUGCCGCGAGUACCAGGUUACCACAGUGGACGGUUACGUCCUCAACUUCCAACGCAUCCGUAACGCAACAGCUUAUAACGCGUCCACUGCUGCAGCAACAGCAUCUGCUGCUGCUCCAACCACCGCCAACGCUACCACCUCCUCCUCCUCUUCCUCCUCCUCCUCCUCCUCCUCCUCCUCCUCCUCCUCCUCCUCCUCCUCCUCCUCCUCCUCCUCCUCCUCCUCCUCCUCCUCCUCCUCCUCCUCCUCCUCCUCCUCCCCUCCCUACCCUGUGCUUCUAGACCACGGGCUUAUACUGGGCGGCGAGCUCUGGUUCGGCCUCGCUAAUGUCACAGUUGACCCUAUCGCGUAUAAGAGGCUGCCUGUGAUUCUAGCGAAUAGGGGCAUGGACGUGUGGGUGGUCAACCACCGCUGCACCGAGUUCUCUCCCCGCCACGUCACCUACAGCACCACCCACACCACCCAGUGGCAAUACUGGGACUGGGAUUUCGACCAGCUGGUGCAGUUCGACCUCCCUGCAGUGCUGAGAGUCGUCACUGCCGUCUCUGGCGCCCCUAAAGUGCACCUCGUGGGAUAUAACCAGGGCGCCAUGCUCCCCUUCGCCCUCGCAUCCACCUACCCCGAGUACACCCGCCAGACAGUCGCCUCUGUGGCUGCCAUUGCCCCAAUUGCUUACCUAGUGAACAUCACAUCGCCCGUGCUGGACCCAUGGGCUAACAACUGGAGCCCUGACAUUUUUUUCUACCAGAAUCGCGUGCUCAAUGGAGCCUACAACCUCACAGCGACGGAGGUUCUAGUCUCGACUCUUCGCCGGGUGGGGUUCAACUUCUACACUGUAUUCACUCCCUCAGGGAAUGUACAGGACAUCCUCAGUAACGUCACAGGUCCCAUCUGCUGCAUGGACCCCUACGCCCCUCCACUCUCCCUCAACCCCCAGUGGGUCGCCACUUCAUACCGCGCUCUGAUUCACUACCAGCAGGAGAUCCGAGCAAGGCAGUUCCAGCUGUGGGAUUUCCUCUCAGCUGAAGUCAACAUUGCCAACUAUGGCUCCUCCACACCCCCUCUGUACUACCCGAGCCGCCUGCCCACCAACAUUCCGGUCCUCCUUAUAUCCGGAAGCAACGAUUGGUUUGCCGACCCUCCCAAUGUGGCUCGGCUCAAGUCGCAGCUCGGCACGAGUCGGUGGUUGGAGCAUGUGGAAGUGCCCAUGUACUCACACUUUGACCUGAUCUAUGGCGAAAAUGUGCAUGUGGAUGUGUUUGCUAAAGUUGCAAAUUUUCUAGGGCCAGCAGGAAGGUAGGGAGGGAGGAUAAAAAUGUAUCAAAUUGGCGCUUGUACCGGUAUAUUAUGAUAAUACCGUAAUCCCCCGGAUAUAACACCCGCCGGAAUAGUCACUCCAUGGGUGGUUAAUACGGGGGGGAGCUUAUGAUAUGGUGCAUUUUUUAGAGUACCCGCUUUUCAGAUGACGAAUUUUACAUAACACCCUCCU